CCUCUGCGGCAGCCGCGGCGCCAUGACGUCACGCGGCGGGGGGAGCGGCGUGCGUGGGGCGCGGCCAUGACGUCAUGCCCGCCCGCGGAGCCCCCGCGCCGGCGCCGUGACGUCACGCCUGCGGAGCUGCGGCCGCCGGGGCGCGGGGUGGGCGCGGGCGGCGGCAUGGCGGAGAGCGAGGCCGAGACCCCCAGCACCCCGGGGGAGUUCGAGAGCAAGUACUUCGAGUUCCACGGCGUGCGGCUGCCGCCCUUCUGCCGCGGGAAGAUGGAGGACAUCGCCGAUUUCCCGGUGCGGCCCAGCGACGUGUGGAUCGUCACCUACCCCAAGUCCGGCACAAGCCUUCUUCAGGAAGUGGUCUACCUGGUGAGCCAGGGGGCUGACCCUGAUGAGAUCGGCCUGAUGAAUAUUGACGAACAGCUGCCAGUGUUGGAGUACCCCCAGCCGGGCCUGGACAUCAUCAAGGAGCUGACAUCUCCCCGCCUCAUCAAGAGCCACCUCCCCUACCGCUUCCUGCCCUCUGACCUCCACAACGGAGACUCCAAGGUCAUCUAUAUGGCUCGCAACCCCAAGGACCUGGUGGUGUCUUACUACCAGUUCCAUCGCUCCCUGCGGACCAUGAGCUACCGAGGCACCUUCCAGGAAUUCUGCCGGAGGUUCAUGAAUGACAAGUUGGGCUAUGGCUCCUGGUUUGAGCACGUGCAGGAGUUCUGGGAGCAUCGUAUGGACUCGAACGUGCUUUUCCUCAAGUACGAAGACAUGCACAGGGACCUGGUGACCAUGGUGGAGCAGCUGGCCAGAUUCCUGGGUGUGUCCUGUGACAAGGCCCAGUUGGAAUCCCUCAUCGAACACUGUCACCAGCUGGUAGACCAGUGCUGCAAUGCAGAGGCUCUGCCUGUGGGCCGAGGCAGAGUCGGGCUGUGGAAGGACAUCUUCACCGUCUCCAUGAAUGAGAAGUUUGACCUAGUGUAUAAACAGAAGAUGGGGAAGUGCGACCUCACGUUUGACUUUUAUUUAUAAUAAUAGAAACCGCGAACUUGCAUGCUCACGGUUUCCAGACGCUCUGCUAGCUAAAAGUCCUGUUUGCGUUUGUUUAUUCCUUGCUGGACACACUCUGGAAGCUGCGUGGAAACAACAGGGGGACAAACCCGUGGAGAGAGCUGAGGAGUGUGAUGAUACCACGCACAGCAGCCUGGCCUGUGGCAUUCGAGUCUCCAUGCCACAGGCAGCUCGAAUCUCUGCCCUGUACCCCACGUUACUCAUUGUAUUUUAUAGAGCUUUACACUGGAAAUCUAAAUAAACGUCAGUCAACCAAACACAAGUCCAUUUCCAACGGGAAGCAAGAAUGAGCCAUGCAGGCUGGUAGGAAGUACUCAGGGUUUGUUGUUUUAGCAGGCCUUUCUCUAAGGCACACUGGGACCACUUGGAGGGAGAUGGAGAGGUGGGUCUGUCCUGUGGAGUUAGUCCUCUGAGCCUUCCCGUCACCUAACAGGACCUGUCCCAAGUCAUUUUCAGAGACACCUCCAGCAGGAAGCUCUUUAAGCACAGCACAGAAGAGCUUGAGGAAUGUUCCAGGAGGAAAGCUGGCCUGAGGCCACGUGUGGCAUCUGAAGGCUUUAGUGGUAUGUGUAGUGUCCACACAGACCCAGAACUGCAUGGAGAAUUGGCCACAGCCUUAUAGCAUGGUUCUGGGAUUCCCGGUCAGUGUCACUCAAAUGCCAGACUGUCAGCUAGCUGACCCAGUCUGCAGGUUGAACAGCCUCCUUCACACAGGUGGAAUUGGCAAACCUGCUUGUUUGUCUUGGCGUCUCAGCCAUACGGAGUGUCUGAGGGAGCAAAGCUUGUGUGUUACUCCUCUAUCCACUCUGUCUUCUGGCCUAGAUUUAGCUGAAGUGAUGGCAAGAUGGCCAGAUGACAGGUGUGCCGGCAGCCAGCGAGUUCACAAACAGGGACCACCACGCUUGUCUGUUCCCUGCGUGACUGAGAAAAGCCCAGCAUGGUGGUGGGAGGCUCACUCUAUGGAAGGGGCCUGCUAUAGGCUGUCUCUGAAGCAGGUCCAUUGGGGUCCCUUGUCCAGGGAAAAGCUCGUGUAGGGCCGGACACGUGGCAGGGCCGGGCACAUGGCUCUGUGCAGUGAGCGUGGCUCUGCCUUCCUGUUGUGUCUGAUGUUGUGGAGCAUUGCACACGGUACUUCUGUGUUGCUUACAUCUUUAAUAAAGACACCUUCCCUGCUGG